UCAAGAGAGGCUGCGUUGUCCGAACUUGGAACGACAGCCUAUCAUUGGUCAGUAUCACUAACUACACUCUAAACCUUAAUUACCAUUGAUUAAAUUCGAGUAGGACCCACAAUAAUGAAAUAUCGACGGUUGCAAAUCAGCACUGGCAUAGGAGAUAACUCCUGUGACAGUAAAUGUGAGAACAGACACUUUCAGAACAUCAGAACUUUGCUGUGGUCAUUGGCUUAAAGACGACGAAGAAGAGCCUUGUACUCGGUGUUGUCACUGGAGACUGGAGAAGGGCUGUCCGUUGACGGGUCUUUUGUUUUGUUUUGUUUUUUGAUCUUUGUUUUGAUUAAGUCUAUAACCAAAGUUAAGAAACUUCCAUUUUUCUUUCAAUUUCAUUGUCCAAAAAAAAAAAAAAAGGUCAACUGCUUCUUUAUAGGCAAGGCAGUUUUUGCUUUCUUGACAUGAAGAUUUUCUUAAUUUUCCUCUUGGGGUUUUCGUUUCCUUGGUUGCCUUGUUUUGAAGGGCUCUAAAAGUUUUCAUUUCUGGGAUUCUCUUACGUUUUCAAGGUUCUCCUUUUUUACAUUAUAGUCAUCUGUGGCUGUUAAGCUUGUUUUUUGAGUGUUGGGGUCAUCAGCCAGAGCAAGAAACUUUCUUUUUAUUAAUGAGCAAUAAGAUUAUGCAAUCGGCUUGGUCGUCUUUAAAGCUUUUUUUUUGAACUAUUAUUUCCUUUUCAUCUUGCUCAUCUAUGGUGGAGCUGCAAGACAAUUACUUUUGAUACCUUGAAUUCUACUUUGGAGUUGAAAAAAAUUAGCCUUUUAUUAUGAUGGGUUUUUGACUGUUCUGCAAGUGGGAGUCUCACUAUCUCUGGUGGCAACUAUGGUAUCUUCUCUGAAGUGCUUACUUAUUUAAGUUGCCAACUAUUUUGUUGUGGUUAUUUUGCUCACUAAAGAGUCUUUGGCUCUAGUGGUUCGAGUUCUGUGUAUUUGGUGUUGUUCUAUAGCUUAAAAAAUACACAUACAGAAAAAAAAAAAAAGGAACUUCUCUUCAUCGUUGCUCUGGUUUCCACAUCACUAAUCAGGAUACUAUCUCUUGAAUGGGGACUGAUGCUGCCGAAGUUUUGCAGACUCCAUCCUAUCCUAGUUCCUUUAAGGUGCAUCACGUGAUGUGCACAGAACUUAGGAUGUUGGUUGAUAGAAUUAUAAGGAUAUUUCCGGAAAUUGAAGCUGCUCGACCUAGAUGCUCCUCAGGAAUAAGGGCACUAUGCUCACUGAACGGUGCAAUUGACAAAACAAAGUUAUUUCUUCAAUACUGCAGCGAAUCCAGCAAACUCUAUCUGGCAAUAAGGACAGAUACAUUAGUUUCAAGAUGUCAAAAAUUGAGGAACUUGCUGGAACAGUGUUUACGCCAAAUUCAGAGUAUGGUUCCAGUUAUGCUGGCUGUUCAGAUCUCUCAAAUUGUUGAUGAUCUGCAAGCUGCAAAAUUUGUCCCUGAUAAAUUUGAAGAAGAGGCCGGGAAGGUUGUAAUAAAAUUGCUCCAUCAGGGAGCUGCGGCAUCAGAUUCAAUGGAACAUGCUGAAAAGAGAGCUCUUCAAACUGCAGCAUCAAGACUUCACAUUACUUCUUCAACAGCCAUCUUGAUAGAGAAAAGAUCUAUUAGCAAGUUGUUGGAACAAGUCAAUGACACUGAGCAACAAAAGAAAAAGAUCUUAAGAUGUCUUUUGUCUCUUUUGAGGAACUAUGCUAGCUUGAUUAUUAGAGAGCAAACAGAUAACACAACUGAUCAGAAUGAAGGAGCAUUUGCAGUUAACAACCCUGAUACUAAUUUUAUGCAUACUCCUGUUGACGCGGAAUCUCAUAUGAAGUAUAAGCUGUAUGAUGCUCAAGCUGAUAAGUUAAGUGGAGCUAUACUUCCGGAGGAACUUAAGUGCCCUAUAUCUUCAAGAUUGAUGUAUGAUCCUGUUGUCAUUGCUUCUGGACAAACAUAUGAAAGAAUCUGGAUCCAAAAGUGGUUUGAUGAUGGUAAUGAUACGUGCCCAAAAACUGAAAUGAAACUACACGAUCUGUCAUUGACCCCAAAUGCUGCCUCGAAGGAUCUGAUAUCAAAAUGGUGUAUGAAAUAUGGAAUCACUAUUCUGGACCCAAGCAUGCAACCGGAUGGCCUUCACUCAUUGGAAAAUUCUUCCACUUCCAUAGCUAGUUUUGGCUGUUCUAUAAAUGAUCUCCACUUUCCAGGGGACAUCAGCAAUAUAUCACUUGGAUCUUUAGAUACAAAUUAUACUUUGGAUGGAUCAAGUAACAAGAUUGCAGAUGGCUUAAGAUUGAUUCAGGAGCCGGCCAGUGAUGAUUUGUGCCGAUAUCAAUCUCCCAGCAAUGCAAGUAGGAUGGAUUUGGAGUCUCUAUCUAGCCUUGCCGAGCUUGGUUGGGAAUCAAAAUGCAAGAUGGUUGAAGAUAUGAAAAAUCGUUUGAAAUAUGAUGAUCUAGCUUGUCUUACUAUGUCACCCAAGAAUUUCAUUGAACCUUUGAUGAAUUUUUUGAGCAAUGCUCAUGAUUUACAUAAUAUAGGAGCGCUGAGGGCUGGAUUUCAGUUGUUAUUGACAUUUCUGAGCAAAAACAGGAGUGGGAUAAAAUACUUAAAUGAAGAUGCAUAUAGUCUGAUUUCAUUUUUUCUCGACUCAGAAGUAACUAAAGAGGUUCUUGACAUUAUGCAAGUUUUGUCUGGCCAUAGCAGUUGUAGCUCUAAGAUUGCUGCAUCUGGUGCUCUUCUUUCCAUUUUAAAUAUUCUUGACUCAAAUAUCAUAGAUUUCCAGGAACGAGUCAUUAAAAUUUUACAGAAUCUGUCCUCAAGCACCGAUGUUUGUUCCACUUUGGUGUCUUUGGAAUGCAUCCCAAAAUUUGUUCCAUUCUUACAAGACACCACUCUUGUAAGGCACUGUAUAGUGGUGUUGAGAAAUUUAUGCAGUAACCAAGAGGCUAGGGUUUCUAUUACUCAAACUUCUGGAUGCAUUAGUUCUAUUGCUAUGUUACUUGAAACUGGAAGUUAUGAGGAUCAAGAACAUGCACUGGCUAUUCUCCUUGCAUUGUGCUCGCAACGUGUUGAAUAUUGUCACUUAGUGAUGGCUGAGUGUUUUAUAUUCCCUUCCCUUUUUGAUAUAUCUGCUAAUGGGAGUGAAAAAGGAAAGGCAAGUGCAUUGGAAUUGCUACGGCUCCUUAGAGAUACCAACUGUGAUGAUGAUGAACAAGAAUGCUUUCAGUCUGACAAUAUCACAUUUGAAGCUAGUAACAACCAUUCCAACAACAAGAAGUCUCAUAAGUCAUUGUUUGGAGUGAAAUUGCCUAUGUUCUCAAGAUCCAGUGAACCAGAAAAGAAAUGAAACUUGGAUUUUCUGCUCUUUGUCGACAUCAGCAAAUAUUCUGCCUGGUAAGAUUCUUUCCCCUUGCCUGAGAGGGG